UGACUCCUUUCUGCUCGUAGUUCUUUCUCCUUCAAAAAGCUGGAAGGCAGUAGAGAGCCGAGCGCGCACUCGGAGUCGGGGUCUAAGGGGGGGGAGCAGAAAGAGAGAGAGAAAGCGAGCGAGCUGGAUGUGAGAGAGAGAGCGCGCGCGCGCGCACGCACCUUCCUCUCUUCGCAACUGCAGGAUCGUUCAGCAUUAUUUCUCCGUCCGCGCUGGAAACAGGAGCAGAACAACUUUCAGCAUGGCUGGGGCCAUCAUAGAGAACAUGAGCACCAAGAAGUUGGUGAUCGUGGGAGUGAUCCUGCUGCUCUUCCAGGUACUUUCAUUCCUGGUUGGGGGACUCUUCGCUCCAAGCCCCACGACGGCCAUUCACUACGUGGCCACCAAGUGCGUGGACGUGCGCAAGCAUAACCAGCAAAGCAAGUGGUUCAUGCCCUGGGGUCCCCACCAGUGCGAGAAGAUCCGCGACUUCAGCGAGGCUAUGGCCAUGAGGAUCCAGGCCAACGACAUCGUCUUCGCUGUCCACAUCCCCCUGCCCAACAAGGAGAUGAGUCCUUGGUUCCAGUUCAUGCUGGUUAUCCUGCAGUUUGACAUCGCCUUUAAUUUGAAUAACCAAAUAGCAGAGGAUGGCGCCAUGGUAACGAUUGACGUCGGUCUGGCGUACAGGGACGACAUACUCAGCGAGUGGACAGAGAUAGCCCACUCCAGAGAGCUUCGGAAGCUCAGCUGCAACUUCACCGCCCCUAAGAAGCCUGAGAACGAGGGGCGUCACUACGACUGCGACCUGAUGCCCUUCUUAGAACUUGGCAGCGUGGCCCACAAGUACUACCUGGUCAACAUCCGGCUGCCCGUCAACGAGCGGAAGAGGGUCAACGUGGGGAUUGGGGAGAUCAAGGACAUUCAGCUGGUGGGUAUCCAUCAGAAUGGCGGCUUCACUAAGGUGUGGUUCGCCAUGAAGACUUUCCUCACACCGAGUAUCCUCAUCAUCAUGGUGUGGUACUGGAGGAGAAUCACGCUCAUGACUCGACCGCCGGUCCUUCUUGAGAAGAUGAUCUUUGCUCUGGGGAUUUCCAUGACCUUCAUCAACAUUCCAGUGGAGUGGUUCUCGGUGGGUUUCAACUGGACCUGGAUGCUGCUCUUCGGCGACAUCCGACAGGGCAUCUUCUACACCAUGCUCCUCUCUUUCUGGAUCAUCUUCUGCGGAGAGCACAUGAUGGACCAGGCCGAAAGGAACCGGUUUGCUGUGUACUGGAAGCAAGUUGGACCAAUUGUCUUCGGCUCCUUCUGUCUCUUCAUCUUCGACAUGUGCGAACGAGGGGUCCAGUUGAAGAACCCCUUCUACAGUAUCUGGGCGUCGGACGUGGGGACGGAGCUGGCUAUGGCCUUCAUCAUCGUGGCGGGAAUCUGCGCCUGCCUCUACUUCCUCUUCCUGUGCUUCAUGGUCUUCCAAGUGUUCCGGAACAUCAGCGGGAAGAGGAGCUCCCUGCCGGCCAUGUCCCGGGCCAGACGCCUGCACUACGAGGGCCUUAUCUUCCGUUUCAAGUUCCUGAUGCUGGUCACUCUGGCAUGUGCGGCGAUGACUGUGAUCUUCUUCAUCAUCAGCCAGGUGAACGAGGGCCACUGGCACUGGGACGAGCACACCGUGCAGGUGAACAGCGCCUUCUUCACCGGAAUCUACGGAAUGUGGAACCUCUACGUCUUCGCCAUCAUGUUCCUGUACGCCCCCUCGCACAAGCGCUACGGCGACGAGCAGUCCAACGGUGAUCUCGGAGUGAACAGCGGCGAGGACAUGCAGCUGACCACCACGGUGACGCACGCCGACGGCCCCACCGAGAUCUACAAGAUGGCCCGCAAGGAGGCGCAGGAGUAGCCCCCGGACGCGCCUCGGCUCCUCGGCUCCU